AUGUCGUACCCACUCUCCCUCCGCAGAACCCCCUCCCAAAGCUGGUUCCCCAGCCGCCUACUCUGCGCCAUCGCGACCCUCCUCUUCUUCUGGCCGGAUCUAUCAACCGGCGCACUCACCGUGUCAACAUACGAUGGCACGCUGAAUGGAACAGCGGUGUUGGGCGGCGCGGUCGCUCGCUUCACCGUCCCCUAUGCCCGCCCGCCAGUCGGAGCGCUCAGGCUUGCGGAUCCGGUUGCUUUCCCCAAUUUUAGGCAGUACGAGCACCUACCUGUUGACCUUUCCGCUUUCGAAAAGACUCCCAAAUCUGACGCGGUGGUCCGCAUUCCGAAAUAGCUUCGACGGAUCCACUCUCCCGCCCCCGUGUCCCCAAGCCGGCAGAAACUAUUCGGAAGACUGCCUGUUCAUAACGUGGGUCAACGGUGACGAAGCGGGCAGCACUUUCCCGAGCGACGGAUCACUAAUCGUGUAGCGAAACUGUUUACCAGCAUCUAUACCCCCUCAUCUGCGCUAGUGACCAGUGCCGCAAAGCUUCCCGUACUCUUUUGGGUAAGUGCGAACUGGGAUUUGUAAGUUCUUUUCCCGGGCAGCGGUGACUAACAUCACAGGUCUAUCCCAUCAGAUUCAUGGCGGCUCAUUCUACAAUGGGGCCAGCUCUGACAUUGAUGGUGCAAACUUAGCGAAUCAAGAGAAAGUCGUUGUCAUCACCGUACAAUACCGACUUGGCGUUCUCGGACAACUGCGUCUCGAUCGCGUAGGUCUCCGAGGCAACUACGCCAUCAAGGAUCUUAUCGUCGCUCUCCAAUACGUUCAAUCCAGGAUCUCGGCAUUUGGUGGAGACAAAUCCCUCGUCACUCUCGCCGGUCAAUCUUCGGGUGGUGAGAUGAUCCGGACGCUCCUCGGAAUCACCGCGGCGAAGCCCCUGUUCACCCGCGCGAUCAUCCAUUCGGCACCUCUGGCCUACGGCGAUCUCCCGCCCGUGAUGGCGAACGAGAUCGGUGAACUCGCUUCCAUUAAUUGCACGAACAUCAAGUGCCUUCGCUCUGCUUCGGUCGAAUCGAUCCUCGCCGCUCAAACGGCGCUGCAAACCAGCACGUCCCCGUCUUUCGCCCCUCUCAACGUCCCUGGUCUCGAUCCGUUGAGCGAAUUCUUGCGACCAAACGUGGACGGUAGCUUGGUACCAAUUGAUUUUGCAGAGGCGGUUCGGCAAGACGUGCUUUUGCCCUCAGGGUACAAAAGCGUCAUUUUCACGAAUGUCAAGGACGAGAGUUGUUCGUUCGUCGCUUCGCUGUGAGUUCGGAGCACUUGGCACUGGGCUACACGUUCGAAGCGCAAGUAUUUAUGACCACGUCCUUUCUGCACAGCUUUACCGAUCCUUUCUCAGCCAACGAAUUAGGCGAUGUACUGACCAAACUUCAGCCAACGAGCGCCGCAAGAAUUAUUGCUUCUCGCUUGUACAAGACAAAUAACUCGAAUGAGGAUGGUCGAACAGUCUUCGCCUCGAUGGUUACGGAUGAGUCGUGGUCAGUCAGACCGUAUGCUCGGACAUGCAUCCCUAAUGCCCUAUAUUGAGCCUCGUUCUUACAUACGUGCAGGAUCUGCCCAAUCCAACAAACCGUCCUGAAUCUUUCCUCGUCUGCGGUGAACACGGGCUCGUACUGGCUCGCUGAAUUCGACCUCGGUCUCUCGUACGAUGAGGAGGAGAGCUCUUUUUGCACGGGUAAAGUCUCGCAUGGGUAAGUGCUUCCCAUUGCCCCGUCAUCGAACGAUAAUGGGAGCGACUCCGCUAUUUGGCAUGCUGACGUCCUCCCCGUCUGUUUGUUUCCACUCACUUCCUUCCAAUAGUGAUGAUAUGUAAGUAAUGCGAAUGGCUCGUCCUCUGCUCCUACCAUAUCAUCCCCAGUACUGAAAUUAUCCGUUCCCGGUACCACUCCUCCAGUCGUCUUCUCUUCAAUACCCCUCUAUUGACCCCCACCACCUCCCAAACUCGGCUGAUCGCCGAAGUCCAAUCUCGAUGGGGCGCCUUCAUCCGUACCGGGUCCCCGAACCCAGCUGGAGCUCUGAACCUCCCACGCUGGAAGCCCGCUACCGACUCGUCAAACCUGAACCUCCUCUUUUUAGGAGGGAGUUCCACCACCUCUGGACAAAGCUAUGUUGCUCGCCGAAGGGAAAGCGUUUCGAGGAGAAGUUGUCGGGAGUUGUGGGGUGUUGGAGUCGAGUACGAGAAUCAGAAACUGCAGGCGUACUACAAUUGA